UACUGCAGUGUUGUUUGGGAUGGCUUGUCUCAACAGCUGUGUGAGAAACUACAAAAACUACAAAAUCGCGCUGCUAGAGUAAUUAUUAAAUCAAGUUAUAAUAUGAACUCUAGCUAUCUUCUCAACUCUCUCAGCUGGGAUAACUUAUCAGUCAGGACGAAGCAAAAGACAAAUUUAAUGUACAAAUGCGUUAAUAAGCUCGCCUCAAAUUAUCUUUGUAACAUGUUCACUCCGAGAACUCUGCCCUUUGAUCUUCGUGACGCAAGUCAAAAAUUGUACUUGCCGAAACCAAGAACUGACUACCUGAAG